CGUUCGAACGUCGCACUUCCGCGGCGACACAAACACCGCCAAACUGUCUUCCCCAAUACUUCUCUCUCGCACCGUCACCUACGACGCGGCAACGAACGCGCCGCGCCGUGGAGAUACGCAGGGCAGGAUGACGGACAAGACUGGCAGGAGGAGGAGAUCUAGUAGCAUCCUCCAGGUCUACCACGAACCGCCCGAGCCCAUUGAGCAGCUCAGCGACCAGUCUGCUCUGCCGAAUCUGAACGCGAACUGGGUCAACGCAAAAGGGGCCUGGACCAUCCAUUUUGUCUUGAUUAUCUGCCUGAAGAUAUUCUACGACACCAUCCCCGGGGUCUCGCAGGAGACAUCAUGGACGCUGACCAACAUCACGUACAUGUUCGGCUCGUAUAUCAUGUUCCACCACGUCCGUGGAGUGCCCUUCGAGUUCAACGGGGGCGCCUUCGACAACCUGAACAUGUGGGAGCAAAUCGACGACGGAGCCCAAUACACGCCUACCAAGAAGUUUUUGCUCAGUGUACCCAUCAUGCUCUUCCUCCUGAGCACACAUUACACCCACUACGACAUGGCGUACUUUACCAUUAAUUUCCUAGCUGUCUUGGCCGUCAUAAUUCCGAAACUACCCUUCAGCCACCGCAUGCGUGUAGGGUUGUUCUCGGGGGUGCCGGAAGAUUGAGACGGAGGUGCAUCGGGGUUUACGGCCUAGAAAAUGUAUCCAUUCCCGUUAUCGAGUUACAGGAGCGAGCAUCUUGCGGGGGUUGGGCGGCUCACAGAGCAUCUU